CAUGCCCUGACCGGGCGGCGAGCGGACAGGCGCCGCCUGCGAGGGGGCAACUACGCCAGCGAAGCCGGCCGCGGCGGUUCGGCCGCAACCGGCGAGGCACCCGGUCACCGCCGCUAUGGCUGGGCCCGGCUUCUGGACGAGCAUCAAGUCCCUGCUACGGAGGAGCGAGGACCCCUUGUUCCUGAACGACUCCAGUGCCUUUGACUUCUCGGACGAGGUGGGGGACGAUGACUUCCCCAGGUUUAACAAGCUGCGAGUGGUGGUGUCGGACGACGCUUCGGAGGCGGCCCCGGAAACGCCGGUGAACGGGUCGGGCCCGGGCCUGCCGUCCGACGACGAGUCACUGCUGGACCGGGACAUGGCUCUGCGCAGCUCCCGGCCCGUCCGGACCGACACCUGCACCAGCUGCAGCGGCCGGCGGGAGCGCUCCAAGCAGAGGACGGUGAAGAAGCGGCUGGCGCUUGCUGCUCUCCUUUACCUUCUCUUCAUGACCGGGGAGCUCAUAGGUGGAUAUGUUGCUAACAGUCUAGCAAUUAUGACAGAUGCACUUCAUAUGUUAACAGACCUUAGCGGUAUUAUUUUGACCCUGCUUGCUCUCUGGCUGUCUGCAAAAUCUCCCACAAAGAGAUUCACUUUUGGAUUUCAUCGCUUAGAAGUAUUGUCAGCCAUCAUUAGUGUAUUGCUGGUCUAUAUCCUUAUGGCAUUCCUCUUGUACGAAGCUGUUCAAAGAACUAUCCACAUGGACUACGAAAUAAAUGGCGAUAUCAUGCUAAUUACAGCAGCUGUUGGUGUUGCAGUUAACUUAAUAAUGGGUUUUUUGCUGAAUCAGUCUGGUCACCUUCACUCCCACUCCCAUUCCCAUGCUCACUCUCACGUACCUCAGUCAAACUCUCCUACCAGAGCCCACAGCAGCAGCCAUGGACACAGCAGCCUUGCCGUGAGAGCAGCAUUUGUACACGCACUUGGGGACCUGGUGCAAAGCAUUGGUGUGCUUGUAGCUGCAUACAUCAUACGCUUUAAGCCAGAAUACAAGAUUGCUGAUCCUAUAUGUACAUACAUAUUCUCCAUACUGGUGGUUUUGACAACAGUUCGAAUUCUGUGUGAUACAGGAGUUAUUAUUCUGGAAGGAGUUCCAAAGCAUUUAAAUGUGGAUCGCAUUAAGGAAGACUUGAUGAAAAUUGAAGAUGUUUAUUCUAUAGAAGAUUUAAAUGUUUGGUCUCUCACUGCAGGAAAAACAGCUGCCAUAGUCCACUUGCAACUAGUUCCUGGUAGUUCAUCUAAAUGGGAGGAAGUUCAGUCAAAGGCCCGGCAACUGCUGCUGAACACAUUUGGAAUGUACAAGUGCUCUGUCCAGCUUCAGAGUUACAAACAGGAAAUGAGCAAAACCUGCGCAAGUUGUCAGAGUUCCAGUGCCUAAUUUCGUAUGUUUUGGGAACUGCUGCCUUAUUCUUUAUCUUGUAGUCAAAGACUGAGAGCAAUAAAUGCAAAAUGAAAACGACUGAAUAGAAACCAGUAAUAAGUGGAUUUGUACCAUUUAACAUGCAGCAGGGAGAACUGGUGCUGCAAAAAGAACGGUGGUUGACCUACGGAACUUGUAUUUCACUUCCUCCCUUGUACUAAUUUGUUCAAUUUACUAUGGUUUUGAGACAAAGCUAUUUUCAGAUUAUUGUUUACAAAAUGCAACGUGGCUCUGCAGAUACCUCACAAAUUACAGUCCACUAUUGUCCUUCAGUAACUAUGUACCACAAAGUAUCCGCACUCCAAAUGGAGCAUCAAGUAGUCAGUAUUUUACUUCAAGUCGAAUGCUGAUCAUGCCAGAGUUCUAUAAGAUGUCAUGAUCCCUGAAUUCAUUAUACAGUAUUUUUGCAAUAGUAACUGUCAUACAGUAUCUGAAACUGUAAUGCAUACAGUGCUAGUUGAAUUUUUCUGGAAACUGGCUCUUUGGAGGCGCUGCAAAACACAGAAUUUGCUGUACCCAGAUGAGAAAGUUAGCUUUAAUCUGGGCAUUCAGAGAUCCAGACAGGAAGAUCCUUGCCCAGACUUCUGGUACUUAACUAGAGACCCAACACUGGACCCAAAGUGUUUUAAGUCAUCAGUUAUCUUUAAUGUAUUUUAGAAUAGGGUUUAUAAAUUAGAAACAGGUUAUUUAUUUCAUGAAGAUUUGACUUGUAAGAUGAAUUUACUAUUAAUAAUCUUGAAUGUCUGAACCAACAUUUGAUUCACAUUAAAAGGCCAGUUGAUUAGCAUGAAUUCUAAUUCCAAUUAAUAAAUGCCCUGUAAUUGAUCAUUUUUUCAUUAUUGUUUUGUUUUAAAGGAAAAGUCAGAUGAUAGAAACUAUGCUUAAUGUGGAGAUACUCUCCAAUACAAUCAACAGACAUGCAAAAUACACGCAGCUGAUAGGAAAGUGGGGAACAGAAGUUUUAGAUCAGCACCAUUGCCUGAGUCACCGAUCUCUGACCUUUUCAUCUUUGCUUUGAGCACAGUAUGACAGUGUCCUGACAGGAAUGCCGCUGCAAUAGCAGUUCCUGCUACUUAGCUUUAUGAGUAAAGCAAAAUCCAAGCAAGCUCAGUAACCUAACAGUGUUGGACAACAAUAUCCUAACAGCCUACAGAAGUGGAAAGGCCUCUUAUUUAUAGAGAGAUGAGGCAAUUUGAAAAGACUAUUUAUUCAUCCGGAUACCUCAAAGUCCACAAAACUCCUUACCCUCACGUGGAAUCCCUGUACUUUGAAUGUACACAGGAUGACAAAAUCUGACACUAAGCUAUCAUGCACCCCCAAGCUCAGAUUUACAGCUGCUUCUGAGGUAAUUUGCACUGAAGAAGCCUAAGGGCAACAUGAAUAUGACCAGCAAAGUUCAGAGGAUGGGAGGAACUUGGCUUCAAAUAUUGUUUUGCUUAUUCUGUACUUUGAUCUUUAUACAGAUCUUCCACUGGCAUCACAAGUAGUUCUCUCUGUGGAUCAGAAAGGAAAAUUUUGCCCAAUAAUGGAUGUUGUGAUACUCAGCCAUCUAUAUACCUAAGCUAAUGUCUGUUUUGAAACUUGUCUAUCAUUUCACAUACUCAUCAGGCUGUUGGUAACAAUCGUGGCUUCUUUGGUCCCCCUUUUUUGGGGCAGGGGGUCAUAUUAUCAGUUUCUAUUGGUGAAAACUGACAGCACAGUAUUAAUUUGGACAAAAUGCACAGAACACUGGAUUACGUCUGUAUGCUUUCCGUCAAGAAAUGGGAGCGCUGGAGUACAGCAAGGGAGCACAUACAGCUCAGAGGCAAAGUAGCACUGUACUUGGGAAGUUCAUGCUUCAAUACAAACAUUAUCAUUAAUAAAGCCAUAUCACAUUUCAUGAAAAAUGGGCAUCCCAUCCUUACAAACUUACUGGAAAAUAAAUAUACCAUAAACAGUAAACAGGUAUUUUGCACAUACUGAUACUCAAAUAGGUUUUAAUUAAAUUGGGGGUUACAGUUGAUGUAAUUAGAAGUCGAGGUACAGUAGGUAUGUAUUGUAUUUGGAGUUUUUUAGUAAUUUACUACACAUUUGUUUAAUUGAAGAAAAAAGUUGGUGUGUUGCUUUAUUGUGGGUUUUAUUAAAUCAAUUAUUAAAAUUCACAUUGU